AUGCGCUCCUUCCCUCACGGACGCGCACUGGCUUUGGCCCUGACCCUCUAUCCCACUGAUGCAGCGGUGGAAGAUUUCUAUUGCGGCCGGGAACCGGGCUUUGCUGAAGUCAACACCUAUCUCAAUGGGGUCUUCUUGGAUCCUUCAACAGGAUCUUCCGGGUCUUCUUUGGGUGGGAGGCUUCUGGAGAACAUCGAGCGGGUGGAUGCCUACCUGCAAGCUUUCGGCUUCCGAGUGGGUGCAGGCGUGGUGGGUUGGGCCAACUUGUUCGAGCCAUUUCAAGGAUGUCCUUUGCCUUUCAUCAGCCUCGAGAUGGCCUAUGCCAUGAGAAUCUGGAAUGGAACGGAUGGCUUCCCUUACGGCCUCCGUGCUCUUUCAAGACCACCAAGCACUUCCCACUGGGCCAAAGCACUGGCCUUGACUGUCUCCUGGCACACCUGGGCGAAUGCCGCCACACGUUCCGCACCGGUCGAGCUCGCGGAGCUCACGGGGCGCUUGUGCUCCCAGCUGUCGAAGCUGCUCGGGCUGGAGGAGAUGGCACAGAUUGCGUUGCUGGCGCUGAAGUGGAGACAGGCUAGUCUUGCACAGCUCCUGGGUUGCGAGCACGGUUCAAGCUCUCCUGGCUGGUCUUGGCUGGAGACGAAGGAGCAGAGUUUUGAGGCCUUUUGGGCCGAACUGGGCGAUGCUUUGAGGAGAUCGCCCACUCUUCAGAUGCCUUGGAGUUCGGGCAUCGAUCCCUACAUGCUGAAGCUGGUGAUGCAUGAGCUGCAGAUUUCCGCGCGUCACCGGACUCAGGAGGCAGAGUUGUACUUGGAAUUUGGUGUUUACCAGGGUGAAAGUCUCAACUUCAUCGCUCGCCACCUGCGAGCUUUGCCUUAUUCUGCGGCGAGGAGUCCUCGGGUGGUCCAUGGCUUCGACUCCUUCCGCGGGUUGCCAACAGCUUGGCGUGAUGGCUCUGAGAUCCCUGGGGCCCUGAGCUUUGGUAGGAAUAGCUUUGCUUUGGACCAGCUGCCUGAGGUGGAGGACAACGUCAGGUUGGUGCCUGGCUGGUUCAAUGAGACGAUCCCAGCCUUCCGCGCUGGCUUGGAGGCUGCUGGUGGGGCAACUAUCCGCUUACUGCACAUCGAUUGUGACCUCUACGAAUCUGCCGUGGAGGUCUUAUUUGGCUUGGCCCCCUUCCUGCGAGCAGGAAGCAUCCUGGUCUUCGACGAGCUGGUGAACUUCCCUUACUUCGAACAGCAAGAAUUGCGAGCUUUCUACGAAUUUCUGCAGACACAUCCUUGGAAGCUUCGCGUGUUGCACGCACCAUGGUUCUUUCUCACCUCGACGGACCGCUUUGCCGAGCUUUUCCGGAAGGACGGCCUGUCUGAGGUUCAUAUGCUGCAGGCUGCGGCCUUCGAGCUCCUUUGA